AUGGGCGGAAGCAAACCCAUCAACCGCAUCACCUUGUUCAAGAUCCCCUCGCCGGAUGAUCAGAAGCGACUGUUCGACAUCUUCCGCAUCAUGCUGUCCGAUGCCGUCAAGGAUGGCAAGCCGUACAUACUCGGCGUUUGCGCUGGCCCAAGCUUCGACGACGCCCGGAACCAGGGCUACACUCUCGCCGUCAUUUCCACCUUCAAAUCGGUCGAAGACAUGGAGUACUACGACAACGAGUGUGAGGCGCACCAGGCGCUCAAGAAGGUCGCCAAGACACUGCACAAUGGUGCCAUGAUGGUUUAUUUCCAGGAUGUGCUGAAAUGA